AUGGUCAACGACGCUAUGGAUAUCGAGACUGCUGAGAAGAACCUCAAGCAGCUCGACCACGCCGAGCAGCACUACUUCAACAGCUUUCGUUAUCAAGGCAUCCACGAGGAGAUGUUGAAAGAUGAGGUCCGCACAAGAUCAUACAUGAACGCCAUCGUUCAAAACAAGCACAUCUUCAAGGACAAGGUCGUUCUCGAUGUCGGCUGCGGCACCGGUAUUCUCUCGAUGUUCGCUGCCAAGGCUGGCGCGAAGCAUGUCAUUGGUGUUGACAUGUCCACCAUCAUCUUCAAGGCCCGCGAGAUCGUCGAGGUCAACGGGCUGUCCGACAAGAUCACCCUCAUCCAGGGCAAGAUGGAGGAGAUUACCCUUCCCUUCCCCCAGGUGGACAUUAUCAUCUCAGAGUGGAUGGGCUACUUCCUGUUGUACGAGUCCAUGUUGGACACUGUGUUGUAUGCCCGUGACAAGUACCUUGUCAAGGACGGUCUCAUCUUCCCCGACAAGGCGAGCAUCUAUGUUGCUGGUAUUGAGGACGGCGAUUACAAGGACGAGAAAAUCGGAUUUUGGGAUAACGUCUAUGGUUUCAACUACUCGCCUCUCAAGGAGACCGCCUUGUCUGAGCCUCUCGUCGAUACUGUCGAGAUGAAGGCCGUCGUUACCGACCCAUCUCUCGUUCUCACCCUCGACCUUUACAAGUGCACGGUCGAGGAUUUGGCUUUUAGCUGCCCAUUCGACCUCGUCGCCAGACGGGAUGACUUCAUCCACGCUCUUGUCGCCUGGUUCGACAUUGACUUUACCGCCUGCCACAAGACAGUCCGCUUCUCCACUGGGCCACACACUAAGUACACUCACUGGAAGCAGACCGUCUUCUACCUCAAGGAUAUGCUUACUGUCCAGCAAGGAGAGAAGAUUGAGUGCUCUCUCCACAACCGCCCCAACGAGAAGAACCGUCGCGAUCUCGACAUCAAGAUCGAGUACCGUCUCGAGACCGAGGACCCCACCCGCAAGGCUGAGGGAACCUGCCUGUACAAGAUGUGCUAG